AUGCAAGGUCUUGGAAAGCUAAAGAAUAAGGAGAUCAACUGCAUCCCCAACAACACUGAAAAGUAUAUUUCCUUCUCCAUCGAUAAGCUAGAUUUUAUUGACUCACUUCAGUUUAUGAACGCUUCUCUCGAACGGCUUGUCUCAAACUUAUCCAAGAAUGGUGCGGAUAUGUUUCCCAUUCUCCAGAGAUAUGUUGAAUCUGAGAAAGUGCUCUUGUUGCUGAGGAAAGGCGUGUAUCCGUAUGACUACAUGGACAGUGUGAAAAAGUUCGACAAAGAAACUCUGCCUCCUCAAGAAUGCUUCUACAGUAUUCUAAACGAUGAACACGUUCCCGAUGCUGACUACGACCACGCUACUCGCGUUUUUGAGGCUUUUAACUGCCAAAGUAUGGGAGACUAUCAUGAUUUGUACUUAAAAUCUGACGUUCUGCUCCUUGCUGAUGUAUUUGAAAACUUCCGAAACGUCUGUUUAAAAGCAUACAAUCUAGAUCCUUGUCACUUUUACACAAGUCCUGGAUUGGCGUGGCAAGCUUGUCUAAAAAUGACAGAAGUGGAACUAGAGUUAUUGACUGAUCCAGAUAUGUAUUUAUUCAUCGAAGAAGGGCUUCGUGGUGGAAUAUCCAUGAUAAGUAACCGUUUCAGUAAAGCGAACAAUCCGUACGUCCCUGACUAUGACCCUCAUCAAGACUCAUCUUACGUGAUGUAUCUCGACGCUAAUAAUCUUUAUGGCUGGGCUAUCACACAAUCUCUACCAACUGGUGAAUUCGAUUGGUUAAAUGAAGAAGAGAUCCCCAACCUUGACAUCACACAAAUUCCCGAUGACUCUGAAGAAGGUUAUAUUCUCGAAGUCGACUUAAAGUAUCCUAAGGAGUUACAUGAUCUACAUAAUGACUAUCCGUUGGCUCCUGAAAAGAUGAAGAUUUCUCCUGAAAUGCUAUCACCCUAUUGCAAACAGCUCUCGGAUGAUUUAAAGCUCGGAAGUGUCGCAGUCCCCAAACUAGUACCCAACCUCAACGAUAAGACCAAGUAUAUUGUACACUAUCGUAAUCUAAAGUUAUAUCUCGAGCUGGGAAUGGAGCUGACAGAAAUUCACAGAGUCUUGGCGUUUCAACAAAGUCCAUGGCUCAAAGCGUACAUAGAUUUCAACACAGAAAGAAGAAAGCACGCCGCGAAUGACUUUGAGAAAGAUUUCUACAAGCUGAUGAAUAAUGCGGUGUUCGGAAAGACCAUGGAGAAUCUGAGAAAGCGAGUCAACGUCAAGUUGGUCAAUGAUAAGACAAAGCUGACAAAACUAACUGCCCGUCCAUCGUUUGACUCUUUCCGUAUUUUCUCUGAGGAUCUCGCUGCUGUGAAUAUGAAGAAGACAAAGCUAUACUUAAAUCGUCCGAUUUAUGUAGGAUUUUCAAUUCUAGAUCUCUCAAAGGUGUUGAUGUACCAGUUUCAUUACGAAUAUAUGAAACAGAAGUUUGGUGCUAACGCUAUGUUGCUUUUCACGGAUACGUAUGGAAAGCCAUAGGUGUCUUAAGUGGUUAAAUUUCAUUUCAUCCGGUGCUUUUAGCAUUAUACGUGGUGCUUUUAUCGUUAUACGAGGUGCUCUCGACAUUAUACGCGGUACUCGCAACAUUAUGCGAGGUGCUUUUAACAUUAUACGCGGUGCUUGAGACAUUAUACGCGGUGCUUCGGACAUUAUACGCGGUGGUUGAGACAUUAUACGCGGUGGUUGAGACAUUAUACGCGGUGCUUUUAACAUUAUACGCGGUGCUUGAGACAUUAUACGCGGUCGGUAUAACGUUAUACGCGGUGCUUUUAACCUUAUAUGCGGUGCUUUUAGCAUUAUACGCGGUGCUGUAACUACUUGCUGUACUUUCAACAUUAUACGCGGUGCGUUUAUCACUAUUCGCGGUGCUUUUAUCGUUAUACGCGGUGCUUUUAACAUUAUACGCGGUGCUUUUAACAUUAUACGCGGUGCUGGAGACAUUAUACGCGGUGCUCGAGACAUUAUACGCGGUACUCACAACAUUAUGCGAGGUGCUUUUAACAUUAUACGCGGUGCUUUUAACAUUAUACGCGGUGCUGGAGACAUUAUACGCGGUGCUCGAGACAUUAUACGCGGUACUCACAACAUUAUGCGAGGUGCUUUUAACAUUAUACGCGGUGCUCCGGACAUUAUACGCGGUGCUUCGGACAUUAUACGCGGUGCUUCGGACAUUAUACGCGGUGGUUGAGACAUUAUACGCGGUGGUUGAGACAUUAUACGCGGUCGGUAUAACGUUAUACGCGGUGCUUUUAACCUUAUAUGCGGUGCUUUUAGCAUUAUACGCGGUGCCUUUAUCACUAUUCGCGGUGCUUUUAUCGUUAUACGCGGUGCUUUUAACAUUAUACGCGGUGCUUUUAACAUUAUACGCGGUGCUGGAGACAUUAUACGCGGUGCUCGAGACAUUAUACGCGGUACUCACAACAUUAUGCGAGGUGCUUUUAACAUUAUACGCGGUGCUCCGGACAUUAUACGCAGUGGUUUUAUCAUUAUACGCAGUGCUGUAACUACUUGCUGUGGUUUCAACAUUAUACGCGGUGCUUGAGACAUUAUACGCGGUGCUUUUAUUAUUAUACACGGUGGUUUUAUCAUCAUUAUAUUCGGUGAGCCAGUACUUUUGGUCAGCGUUUUGGAAUUUGGAUGUCGGAUAUAUACGUCGUGUAAUCAUCUGGACACAGAUCCGGCGCUGUCAAAAUGGCGUCAGAAAUUGCGUCCGUCUUACAAAAGUUGAAUCUUGAGCUAUUAACUGAAAAGUUUGAUAUAAUAAUAAUAGCUUUAUUCAUCCAUCUUAAGAUAAAAAAGUACAAUGGACUUACAAUUACUUGUUUAAGAAAGUAUAUAUGCUGUGGGUAUGUCUUUAUAUUACAAAUUGUUGUAAGAUAACUUAGAAAACUAACUAAGAAGUUAAAACUAAUAAGUUCUUUAAACUAAUAAGUUCUUCCAAUAAGUUAAAAUUAUUUAUACAUAUUUACAAGCUCUUCCUGAAAAAGAAUGUUUAUGCCUUUCAGUUCCUGAGAAGAAUGAUAUAUUGCGAUUCCGGUCAAUGUUCCUUAAAUAGUACCGAUUGUUAAUUAAUUUUGGAAAAACACUGCGACAGGGAUGGUUUGGAUCGUUCAUAAACCUAUCAACUUCUCGACUAGUUGCCUCUUCCCUUCUUUCGUUCAGCGGUGGUAGGUAAUCUUUUUCCAGGCCAAGGAUUCUUAAGCUCCUGGAUUGAACCCGCUCUAUUUCAUCUCGCAGGUAAUUAGGCAGUCCCGCCCAGACAGGUGAUGCAUACUCGAGAAUUGGUCUUAUUUUGGAUUGAUAGGUAAUAAUACCGACUUCAGCUGGUAACUGCGAUUUCCGGCAUUCUCUAAGAUAGUAAAGGCGUUUAUUUGCUUUACGUGUAAUCUCUUCAACAUGUGCGUUCCAUUUUAGAUUAUUUUGGAACGACACGCCAAGUAAUUUAAAAGCGUUGACCCUUUCUAUUAACUCAUUUCCAAUACGAAGACGUGGUGGUUUAGGUAUAGCGUCCGUGAAAGAGAUCCACAUGUCCUUAGUUUUUUUAGCAUUAAUUGCCAUUUUAUUUAACACCGCCCAGUUAUUUACUUCAUUGAUAGAUUGUUGUAAAUUACUAUUAGAAUCUACGCUCACUAUUUGGUGUUGUGUGCAGUCAUCUGCAUACUUAUUCGUACUGACUUUUAGUUGUUCUGGUAAGGCGUCCUCCAAAUCAUCAAUGUAGGUAUUAAAAAGAAUGGGAGAUAUUACAGAGCCUUGCGGGACUCCGGCCGGGCAUGUUGCAAUGGAUGAUAAGGUACCAUUGAGAUUUACUUGUUGAACUCUUCCGGAAAGGAAACUUUUAAUCCAUAACCAGAAGGGUUUAUUUAUGUUCAUAGCUGCUAAUUUGUUCAAAAGAAUAUUGUGAUCCACAAGGUCGAAGGCCUUACGAAAGUCAAUGAAGGCCGCAUGAACCCCCAUUUUGCCUGUUUUUGAACAAUCAGUGGCAUUAAACCAGGUUUGGGUAGUUGAUAUUAACGCAGAGACUGUGCUUCGAUGUUGAGUAAACGCGUGCUGGUUAUUCUUAAUUUUCAGAUCUUCAAUAUUUAACUGGAGCUGGAUCUUUUCCAGGAUCUUGGCAAGAUGGGGUAAGACUGAUAUCUGGCGGAAAUCAUUGUUAAUGUCUCUCGGUGGUUGCACUUUAGGAACAGGGGAAAUUAGGGCAUGUUUGUAGAGUGAUGGAUAACAACAUUGACUUAUACUACAGCACACAAUGUCAUAAACCACAGGAGCUAGGUCUUCGUGGUAUUGUUUGAGCAUCCAUGCAGGAACCUUAUCAAUGCCAGUUGCUUUUCUUGGAUUAAGAUGUUUUAAGACCGCUUUAACUUGGCCAAUAGAAGGAAGAGGUGGUUUGUUAUUCUUAUGUGGAUGGUUCACUUCAGGUAUUUUAAAGGCGACAUUCGUGUACCGGUCCGACCAUGGUUUAGUGAAGGCUUUCUGAAGUUUUUCAGCUAAGUCGGAUAAGUCUAGGUUUUCGGGCCUGUGUGGAAAUUGGGUGUGGGUUGUGUUUUCGGCAUUUACUAAAGAGUAGAUACAGUUAUACCACUUCGAUUGAUUCGAGGUACGAAAUUCUGAGGCCUUGGACUGAUAGUAGGUGGCUUUAGCUUUAGCUAUAAGAUUUGCCACUUUCUCGCAGAGUUGUUUGUAUCUUGGCUGAUCACCACGAGAAAAGGCUUUCUGACGAGCUUUGAUUUGCAUUUUAAUAUUACCAGUGAUCCACGGUUUAUCAGAGUGAUGUAUUCUGAUGGUUUUUUUCUGGUAAGAACUCGUCAAGCAUCUUGAUUAUAAUGGAGUUAUAAGCUGAUACUUUCUCAUCCACAUCCAGUGCUGAAUAUACAGCAGUCCAAUCUUCAGAAGCCAUAUUCAGGGAGAGGUCAUUUAAAUUUGCUCGUUUCAUCAAUCUAAUUUUUUUUGACGUAACCGGAGUUUUCUGUCUUUUAAUGGGCUUGAUUAGAAGACAUUGGUGGUCGGAGCGUCCGAUUGGGGGAAGAUGGCUAACAGUGUCAAAGAGAGGGAGCAUAUUUGUAAGGAUUUGAUCAAGAAUGUUGUGUCCUCUAGUCGGUUUAGUUACAGAUCUUUUUAAAUUAAAUCUGUUACAUAGUUCUCUUAAUUUUAGUUGAUUGAAGUCCCCAGCUAUAACAAUUCCAGAUGAAGGACGUUCGCGCAAGAGACUAUCUAUACAAGUAGUUAAGGAGAAGAUAACACCAGAUAUUGUGGGAAAGCUUUCUUUAAGUGAGUUUAAAAAAUUAGGACUACAAAAUCGCAAUGACAUAAUGACAUUAAGACUAGAAUGUGCAAAGUAUGGACCAGAGAAACCGCAAAGAAGUAAGUCAAAUGAAUGUGGCGCUCCUCAGUUUGAUAUUCCUCGCACCCUUUUGGAGUGUUAUCUUGAUCAGAAUUUAACGAUCGAUGCAAUUUGCAAGAUUCUUUGUGUAUCAAAAAGCACAAUAUAUCGCAGAAUGAGACAGUAUGGCCUUAGUAAGAUGGAAUUUUCUGAUAUUUCAGACGACAAUUUAGACCGUCAAAUUAAAGAAAUAACCCAAGAAUUUCCUCACUCAGGGGAAGGUCUUGUGAAGCAGUUGCUAUUGGUUAGAAACAUUAAAGUUCAACGAUGGCGGCUACGUGAUAGCCUUCAUAGGGUUGAUAGUGAGGGUAUUGCCCAAAGAUCGAGAGGAAGGUUGCACAGGAGAACAUAUCAUGUUCAAGGUCCAAACCACCUUUGGCAUAUUGACACAAACCACAAACUUAUUCGUUGGAACUUCAUUAUUAUUGGAGGUAUUGAUGGUUUCAGUCGUUUGCCUGUUAUGCUGCAGUGCUCGGACAACAACAAAGCAGAUACUGUAUUGGCGUGUUUUGUAGAUGCUGUUAAUGAGUAUGGACUACCUAGUAGAAUUCGGACUGACAAAGGCCUUGAAAAUGUGGGGAUUGCACAGUUCAUGAUUCAAAAUCGAGGUUCUAACCGUGGAAGUGUUAUAGCUGGGAAGAGCACACACAACCAGAGGAUUGAGCGUUUGUGGAGAGAUGUUUAUGAAGGAUGUUUGAGCUUUUUCUAUCAGCUGUUCUAUUUUAUGGAGGAAGAAGAUAUUCUUGACCCUUUGAAUGAAUUACACCUGGCUGCGCUUCAUCAUGUAUUUGUCCCCCUAAUUAAUGAAAAACUGACUGUUUGGAAAAUAGCUUGGGCUCACCAUCGAAUGCGCACAACCAGGUCAACACCUGCACAGUUAUGGCUUACAGGUCAAGUUAACAAUCGCGUAGGACUCGAGGCUGUCCUUACACCAAUUGAAGAUCCUGAUGGAGAACUAGAUGAAGGAAAUGAGGAACAAUCUGAUGGGGAUAGACCAGUUUUCCUUCCAUUACUAUCAGGUCUUCCUGAAGCUUGCCACAAUGAACUUAAUACCCAAACCUGGACCAAAUCAAACAAUGGGAUUGAUGACUUUGUCAAAGCACUGGAUAUCAUUAGAAGGCACGAUGUGUAACCAAUUAACUUGCAAUUAAUGAAAUUUUCAUUUUUUAUCUGGGAAGUAGGCUGAUAAUAUAGGGAUGGCUAUCUCGCAAAACAUUUCAGUUGGAAAAAAUACACAUCCCUAUGAAAAACAGAUGUCUGAAAGGUUACCGCGGUAAAUAUGUUAAAAUAAUAAUAAAUAAUGUUUCUUAAUAAGGGUCCAUUCACAAAGGAUGUCCAAGCCGAGUGGGGGUAGGGGCAUUUGGAAAAUCAGGUCAAACUCGGAGAUAGGGGGGGAGGGGGGUUUUAGCAAUCUGGAUGUCCGAAUUUAAAAAAAAAUCAAAAACAAAUCAAAAAGAGAUUUGUUUUUGAAUAUUUUGCCUUUAUUUUGAACUAUCCUUCCCAUUGUGAAAUUGGCAUUUUGAACACUUCAUAAUAGUAUCCUUCAAAUAAUAUUUCCUUCAAUGAUGAAUUCAACAGUGUCGUGAAAUAAUAACUUAAUUAAUGCUGAUUUAAUUAUUGCAUGUCUUAAUUAUUGAAAUUUAAAUAUUAAAUAUAGAUAUUUAUAAUUUCAAUGACACCAAAGUAUUUUGCACAAUAGGCAAUUCCAGCUUUUAGUCUAUGCUUGCAGGGGAUGAUGGGAAGUAAGGUAUCAUAUUGCCAAUUUUGCUGAAAAAUUUCAAUAAAAACUACCGAAACAUUUCAAUAUUUACAAGUAUAAGCUAUCAGUCUGUGUUUACACGGCCACCAUUUUUAUUUUAUCAGCAAUGUGAUACCUUACUUCCCAUUGUCCCCUGCACACAUAAACUAAAAGCUGGAAUUGCCUAUUAGCCUUUCAAAAAUUAGAACCAAAAAUCAAAUCUGUGUAGAACUGUACAGUGUUUUAUCAAAGGUGCAUUGUUAAAUAUUUCCAAAAAAGGCAUUGGCAAAUGCAUAGUCAUAUAGGGAGUAGAGAUGAUCAGGUGCCGGCAUAGGGAUAAGGUGUGUAGCAUGUGGUAGUGUGAGGGCACAAAUGCAAGUAUUGGCUGUUGGUAUGAAUUUGUUGGCUGCUGCUACGUCUAUAAAAUUGAUGUUUGGCUGAAUUGUGAAUCCUAGUGGUGGUUCUUCAUCAGCACAUGUCGUAAACAUUAGUAUAUGAGCCAGGCUAAUUGCGCCCCGUCGUCCACCUAGAAAUAUAAUACAAUAAUCUUAUAAGUAUGUUACAUACUGUAUGACACAUAUUACUAAACAGUAGUUCUACAGUACUUCUUUUAAACUGAGCAAAUUAAGGGACAAUAUCCAGAUGACCCCCACUCCAAAAAUAAUCAAUCAUAUAUAUUCAUAUGCUAAUUUGCACUAUAUAUUUUUAAUUAUUAUUUACCACCAUUUACUUACUUGCAACUUGUCUUAAAUAUUUAAGAAAUUCGGCGUAGAUCUGAUUUUCGAAUUGUCUCUUGUUUGACCCUUCUUCACUGAACAUAGUCUUCAACAAGCUUGUUAGACUUCUCAUCGUUAAGGUCUGGGUACUGGUAGGUUUAAGAAGAUCCAAGAAUAUUGGAAGUUUACAGCCAAACUAGAAAGAUAGAUAAUUCAUGUUAUUCAAUAAAAAUAGAUGCAAUGGAAUAACCUAUAUUUUGUGUAGAUAUAUUAUAUAAUUUUGUUCUCUGAAGCAACCUGUGAUUUGAAACAACCUGCAUGGAAAUAAUUUCGGUCCCAGCAGAAAAAAAUCUACUGUAUAUAUGUAUAAUUAUUGGAAAGUUUUCAUGGAUAAAUUUUGUUGAAACCAACCACAAUUUCUAAUCUUUUUGGUGAAAUUGGGUCUUAGUUUCUCUUGUCAGCUUAUCACUUUUCAGUCAACAUUUUUAUAUAUACUUUUUGACAUCAGUUCUAAACUCACUUGAUAUAUUCCAACUUUCUUCAAACCUUGUUGCAACUCGGAUAUACACGCUUCAUUAGUCCCCUCAGCAGAGAAGACUUUCUUCUUUAUUUCCUCAUCAAUAAAGGUUGGAAUUUUUCCAUUUUGAAUAAUGCUCAAACCUGUUGCAAAAAAGGGACAAUGUCAAGUUCCAAUGAAAUGAGGAGGGUGUGCCCAGUAUUUUCUAUUCAGGAGAAAAAUAUGAAACAAUAAAUGAUAUUACAGAGGUUUAUUUCAUGUAGAUUGAAUCAAAUUUACUGGAUAAAGUGUCAUUUUAUAGCCUCACUAUAUCAUUGAUCAAAUUCAGAAAUCUAAUCAAGCUAAAUUGUAGCAAAUGGUGCACUCAGACCAACGUCCCAUUUAGGCAGGGCUUUUUCUCUGGUUUGCAAGGUUGCACUCACACCGACAAUCUGAUCCAACUGGCUCCCAUUAUGAAAUGCUUAAUUAAUAAACUAUUUACAUCAUAUUUAAACACAAUAGCUUACCUAAUAUUAUGCCAACAGGUUCGUACUUCUCCUUCAAUAAAAUUCUAAGUCCAUUGUCAAAAAAUUUCUCCUUUAUUUCCCUCAGGACUAACCGAAAGAAUUCUUUUCUCGGUCCACCAUAAUCUUCUGCAACCUGUAAUCACAAAGUGUGCAACAUAUACAAUAAGGGAUAUGAUUUCCUCUAAUGAGUACUAUCUGCAUAUGGUACACAGAUUCAUAUUAGUUGGAUACACUGAUGACAUAAACUUAUUGGAAAUGAUAUCUCUACAUUUUGCACUAUUGUACACUAAUUAACCCGUAUUAAGCUGGCAAUACCAUUACAAAUGUUCCGUUAGCAUGUUAAGCAUAUUUCCAGUUAGGAGGUGAGCGGGGGGGGGAAUGGGUAGGGGGGAGGCAAACAAAGUUUUACCUUUUUUCUUAUAAAUAGGGGGUCAAAAAAGUUUUAACCUAGAGAAAGGGGGGAGGGGGUUCAAAAACGCUUUUGAGGCUUAAAUAUCAUGUCUAGAGUUCUAAAUUAUAUAAUUGCAAAUGCCCUUUUGUUGAAUAUUAUGAUUUAUAUGGAAGUUGAGAUAUUUUAAUAUUUUAAUAUAAAUCACAAAUAUGCCUACAUUUAAUAGUAUACGGUAUAUGUUGUAGUUAAAUUUAGAUUUUAGGUGUAAAUCUGUUUAAAUCUAUUCCAUUUAGCUGUAUGAAGACGGGCCGUAGGUUAGGGUUAUGGUAUAUUAGGGUUAGAUUUUUGAGAGAAAUGUGGGACAAAUGGUACAUUGCAAAGUAGCAACACAUAAUAUAUAUUUUUGAAUCAUAUUCACCAGGGUAAAACAUACUGGGCUAUGUUAAACAGAUUGAGCUAUUAUCUAACUUUACCUGCAAUGCACAUCUGUUUCAUUGCUGUUAAUUUUUCAAUCCAUACUGGGGGGAGUCAGAAACGUUUCUACUUUUAUCAAGGAGAAGGGGGCACAAAGUUUGCCUUCAAUCUGGAAGGGGGGGGGGGUCAAAAAAGUUUCCAUUCCUUAUUUUCCCAAUUUACCAACACUCCCCCACCCCCUCAGUAAUGACCAUUUCCUUACAAGUUAUAAAAGCAACAGUUGGAAAAUAUUACCGGAUUAAAAAAUAUUACAAUUUUUUGACAAUUAUUAGCAAAUUCGUACCUCGCCAUAGAAUUGAACUUGUAAAGUUCUCCUAUAUUCUGUAAGAAACAAAAUUUCAUCAAUUGCAGUCGUCAUGAGAUUAUGCCGGUCAACCAUGAUGAAGUUGGUCACUCCUUCAUUCACUUCAUCUACAGACUGAACCUCCAAUGCUCUUCCUAUCACCAUUCUGGGUUGAAAAUGUCGUAGAAUUUCAACAGGAUUCAAUAUAGUAUGCUGUUGACAGUAGGUAAUAGUGCUGUCAACAAUUUCAUCUACUGAUUGCCCAUUAUUGUUGGCUGCUGCUGGUGUGUGUGUUAGGUCAACAACUGGAAUGGAUGAUGACAGAAUAACAGAUGAAGAGGCAUUUGAAGUAGAGGAUGGUGAUGAGGAAUCACUGACAGUGGUAGUUGCUGAAACUAAUGAGGUGUGGGUAUUUGGUAAUGAAUUGUUAGGGAUGCUUGAGGAGUUGGUGGAUUGCUUGAGGAGUUGGUGGAUUGCUGGACAAUCGGUUGGGUGACAGAUAGUCCUGCUGUAGAUGUAGAUACUGUUGUUGUAGUUACUGUGGUGGUAUUGGUGGCAGAGGUUUCAGCAGGUGGCAAUGUGUCUACUGUACCAGUAUUAGUAUUUUGGCCAUCAUCAUCAUCACUUGGCUCCAACCUCUGGGUACAAGACCAUAAGUGAUCGUGAAGAUUGCGGACAAGGACAUCCUUGUUACACACAUAACAUUUUUCUUUCACUUCUGACUUACUUUCAGCCACUAUAGGUUGUGUUGACAAAGACUUAUGUAUUGGUCGCACGUAAAUCUUCCCUUGCCCUCCGCCCAAGUUUGAACGCAGAUCUUUUGCACUCCAGGAACAAUCGAUGACAGUCAGAUCCCGACAGUUCGGUUGACAGCGCAUCAUUUCAAAUUCUCCACAUGUUUUCAGUUCUGGAAAUCCACAGGCAUUUCCAGUGGCGUCUUUUUCAUCGGAAGUAAUUUUAUUUACUACAGUCUGUUCGUCAUCUUGUGUAUCCAACUUUAUCUUUUUCAAUCCUAGACCAGCUUUGAAUGGAAUGCCGUCUGCCACGCAAACAAACGUCAGUGUUCAUGGAGAUCGCAGUAGCUUUGAAGCAAAGAUCGCAGUAGCUUUGAAGUUCUUUGAUCAAACUUUUAAUCACAAGACUUUUAUCACAGAAACUUUGAUAAUGUAAAUAAGCUCUUUGGAUCUAUGUGAGAAUUUGUUGGUGGAAUUGUAGAAAUUGGCUCUGCUGCAGUAAUGUUGCAUCACCAGUUGCAACAGACCUUAGAAGCCCUCAGGUCCAUAAUGCUUAUGUGUUUUGAAAACUGUGUGACAUGUUAAGUACUUCUAAGAUCUAUAUUCAGCACAAUAUUUAGUACUGACAAAACAUUUAACUUACCAUCAUGGUAUAGUAUUUGAAUUAAAAAGGAACAUGUUUCAGGUUUUUGAUUCAAGUACCAAAAAAUGCACUAAGUCAGUACGACACAGUAAAUAUUACACUGCAACCUUGCAAGCCAGGGUAGGUAAAGACCCUGGCUUGCAAUGUUGAUUACACUGUUGACUAUUGAUUGUACUAUACAGUCAAGGCUCUUCGCGCAUCGCAAAGACCAACUCGCAAGCUCGCUGCAAGUAUGUUCAUCCAAUCACAAUGCUCAAAACUUUAUUUUAGUUAGAUGCAAUCACUCGCAGCGAGCUUGCAAGUUGGUUUUGCGAUGAGUGGGAAAGAGGCUUUAGUCAGUUACCAGGUUUAUUUCUUCUUUUGGCGUUCCCUCUCUCUCUUUGGUGUCCAAAAUAGUCUUCAAGGACAUCUUGCAUAAACCUUUCAGUAAGCCCUUACUGAAAUCCCUCCAACAACAGAAAUGUGAUUGCCUCUAUGUGAGAGUGACAUGACAUGACCGAUAGCGGGUCAACUUUUCGGUGUUCGUUGAUUUCGUAAAUUUGCUACCUCUUAAUAGGUGCAAAGUCAAUCAAACAUAUUAUCAAAUUGAUCAUAAAGUUUAAGUGUUUCUGUGGAUAUAUUUGUGAGCAGUUUAUCGUUGGAAUUAUUCUCAUAUUUUGGAUCCCCCGUCUUGGUUGUCAAUUUCGUUGUGUCUCGCUACAAAUCGUGAAUUUUGGUUUUCUGUCAUUAUCUCAUCUUCCAUGUAUCUCUCUCUGUGUACUACGUUUUCUGUUCCUGUCAUCGUGUCAAGUUUUUGGUGUCUUUUGGUUCAACAGAAUUUAAACUAUGCUCAUUUUAUUAUUUUGACUGUUGGAAAUUUUGUAUAUUCACAUUACAUCUAGCGUCGUCUGCCAUGACAACAACUAUGUACAAGUGAUUGCCUGUCGUCCACAGUCAAAGUCCUAAAACUAUAUAUCAUAUUGUGACUUUUUUAUAUCUCCAAUUCUUUGCGAUACUGCAAUUUCCCGGUAAUUACCAUAUUUAACGUUUUUCUAAUUUAUUCACAAAUGUGUAUUGAUCACUUUUAUGCUUGCAAGAUCGUCUUUCUUGAACUUUAGCCUUGGUCGCUGAUAUCUGAGACCAUCUUCACAUCAGCUGCAGGAUUUCCCCUGACAAUAAUCAUUGCCGUUCAGCUAUGGCAUUUGUUGCAUUGAUUUUCACCCCACGUAAUUUACUGAUCAUACUAAAUAUAUACCUCUACUUAUCAAGUUUUCCAGAGCCUUGUCCCAUUCUACUCCGACUACUCCCCAUUCUACAUUCAACUUUCACCUCGCUGACUGGGAUUCUCUGCAUGAGACACUAAACCAUCUUGAUCUUUCCCCUGACACCACCUGUGACGAUAUCAAUGCUGAUUGGCUACAAUGGAAAGGCUUAUUUCUCGGCGCGGCUGCUAAACACAUUCCACAAAAGACAUUUAAAAGACGUAGCACUCCCCCAUGGUUUGACGGUGAAGUAAAACAUCUACUCAAUCAAACAAACUGGUUCCGACGAAAUGCUAAGCGUAGGUUGUGCUCCAAGCUUUGGGAAAAGUAUCGAGAGUUACGAGACGUAACAAAAUACGUCAUCACCAACAAACGAAAACAGUUUUUUGAAUCCAUGCCCGCCUGCCUUAUUGAAGUCAAGUAGCAAUAAGUUUUGGUCAGUGUUUAAGUCCGUUCUUAAGACCCCGAGUGUUCCCAACAAAAUGACUUGGUCUGAUCAUGAUGGAGUAACCUGUACAGCCAACAACUCAGCCGACAUCGCCAAUCUACUAAAUCGCUAUUUCUACUCCGUUUUCCAACCUUCUCAUAGUAAUGAUGAACAUACUCUUUCCAACUUGACUGACAACUCCAUCACUAAAUCGGAUGCAAUCUCCAACAUCAUGCUAACAUCCGAGGAGGUCUAUUACAUUCUUGCAGCUCUUGAUGAAAACAAAGCGACUGGACCGGACAAAAUUACCGCUAAAUUGUUGAAGAUCUGUGCAUCAAGCGUUUGUUCGUCUUUAUGUGACAUGUUGAACAAAAGCUUGUCCAUAGGUAAACUUCCGUGCGAGUGGAAACUUUCAAACAUAAUUCCAAUUCCCAAGAAAGGCCCUGCUGACGAAGUAUCAAAUUACAGACCAAUAUCUCUCUUGUUUUUGCUCUCUAAAGUUUUUGAACGUUGCGUCUAUAACCAACUUAUAUAUCGUGUCUCCAAUCAACUUCACCAUCUACAAUUUGGUUUUCUCAAAGGCACGUCGACCACCUCUCAGCUUCUGCGUGUUCUUCAUGAUAUAAACAAGUUGUUAGAAAACCGAAGCCAAGUCGACUCGGUUUAUCUGGACUUCGCAAAAGCAUUUGAUAACGUCAACCAUAACCUUCUGUUAGUUAAACUCCAGAGGUUUGGAAUAAGAGGUGAUCUUCUGCUAUGGUUCAAAGACUACCUCUCACGUCGCUACCAAAGAGUAACAGUUCUUGGUGAGUCGUCCCAUACUCUCCCUAUUCUAUCUGGAGUUCCCCAAGGUUCAAUUUUAGGACCCCUACUGUUUCUGGUAUUUGUGAAUGAUCUUCCUGAUUCAAUUUUAACCCAAUCGUCUGUGGCUAUGUUUGCCGAUGACACGAAGUGUUACCGUCUCGUGAACAAGUUAGCUGACUGCGAAAGUCUGCAAAAUGAUCUAAAUAAACUUGUGACAUGGUGCAAUGAUUGGAGGAUGGACUUGAAUCAAUCCAAGUGCGGGGGUUCUUAGCAUUACUAGAAGUCGUCAACCAAUUAUCGCAGAAUAUCAGCUUAUUGAUACUUCUGUCAUUCGCUUAAGUCAUUAACUACCCAGAAAGAUCUUGGGAUCAUUAUUUCCAAUGACCUGAAAUGGAACAAGCAAGUUCAUGGCACGGUAUUAAUGGCACGGUAUUAAAGGCAAACAUGAUGCUCGGCUUCAUCCGAUCAGCCUCUGACAUCAACAACAUCCAAGAUUCGUUACCUGUCUUUGGUUAGAAGCAAAUUGGGGUAUGCCAGUCAAGUGUGGGCACACCAAACAGUAACUAACAUCGCUUCAAUGGAACGCGUCCAACAUCGUGCCACCAAUUUCAUGCUUUCCCUCCCUUAUAGAUCAGACAAAGUUGUACAAAGACCGACUCCAGUCUAUCGGUAUUCUUCCCAUCUGCUAUUGGCUCGAGUUUCUAGAUUUAGUUUAUCUCUACAACUGUGUUGUUAAUGACUCUGAUUCAAACAUCUCAAUACGGGUUUCUAAUUGUAGAACCAGAAACUCUAAUUCCGACAAUGGUAUUCUACUAAAUGUACCUAAAUCUAAGACUGUUAGCUUUCAAAACAGUUUUUACGUAAGAGCACCCAGCGUUUGGAACAUUCUACCCGAUAUCUUCAGAGACACUACAAGAUCUACAGCUUCCUUUAAAAGUUUACUAUUUAGAUACUACUUUAACCUUCUCGAACACGUCUACAACCCAAACAAUCCUAGAACCUUUAAAUCGGUGUGCGUCAAAUGCCACUCUACUCGUUCUAUUCAAAAUUUAUCUUUCAGAUCAUGGUUGUGAAAGCCAAAGGGGAGGGUCAACCCAAAAAUUGAUUGAAAAGUGAAAAAAAAAAUUGUGCCAAAACAGAGGUUUAGACCUUUGUUUAGCUAUUGCAGAUUGAUUUACAUCUAUUUUCUAACUUUUUCUAUGUUUUUGAGCAGUUUUUACCAACUGCAUGUAUAUUUCUCUUUCGUUGCCAUGGAAACUGAAGAGCAUUUUUUUAAAAUUUUGGCCGCUCCUUUGUUAAAAUCUACUGCUUUGUUCAAAAUUGAGAAGAAAGUACAAGUAAGGCCUGCUGGCUUUGUGUUCAGCGGUGUUCAACACAAAAAUUGCAUUAUGGGACACGAAAGCACGCUUUCACGAGCACGCUCACUAAUGCCAGUUGAUUUCAGAAGAAAUUUUCCUAGUUCAGUAAGCUUUUCAAUGCGUAAUUGUUGGUUAAAUGGUUGGGAACACGAAAAGAAGCAUUUAUCGAAAGUCAAGGAAAAGUCGUGGCGUUAGUAAUGCAUGAAAACAAGAGUGUGAAAUGCCAGAAUCUUAAUCAACUGUUAGCAAAGAUGUCGGCCAUGUUGGGAACAUUAAUACUGUACAAUUGCCUAUGUAAAAAUAAUUAUGAAUCUGCCAGUGAUUCUGAUGAAAUAUUGACACCCACAAGUGCUUCAAGAACAAAACUAAGCCAGCAUAUGCUCAAGAGUGUGCUGAAAGCGAAGGAAUAGCCAUUUGACCAUCCCAAUACAGACUUGUUGAUAUAAACUGGACAACUGUCAUCUGCUCUUUCUGACAUCCAUAGAUGUGAACAAGGUAGGCACUGUGACUUGUUAUUAUUAAAUGUCACUGAAUUAAUUUCAAAUCACUUCAGGUUUUUGUAAUGUAGGUAACACUGCUAAAUAUCUUUGUAGCCCAUAAUAAUAUUCAGCAUAUUUAUGUGAUAAGCUUUAAUUAGUACCAUUAGAAUAAGCUUUUGUAUCCAUUAAUUGUAACACUUCGAUAUAGGACAUUUGAGGCUUGACGAAGGAGAAGAUAGAAGACGGGUUAAUGUCAAGGUUGAGAGUCGAAUGCAGCACAUGGGACAAUAUAUGUAGAGGUGUUGGAUACAUCUACCAGUGUAUCACAAAGGGGAACGUCUUUCAACAUUAAUCGAUGACUUGCGUUCAGCUCUAUUGAAACAGGUGGCAGCUACGGAGGUCUCGCUACACUGUGUACCAUUAUGAACAUGCCAUGUAUGUCAAAAACUGCAUAUUAUAAACAAUUAUCUGGACCAUUCUCCUAGUCUUAGAAAGAGAAUGUCUGAGUGAACUGAAAAGAGUGGGUGAAAAGGUUCCUAAACCUGAUUUUUGAGCAACAGCGAAAGAGAAAAAGAGGCGUCAAGGGGGAACUUAUGUUGUACUAGAAGGGAAGAAGCAUUGAAAGAUGCUGAAGGUACCACAUAUGAAGCUGGUGCCUUCUAAUUACCUUCAGCAAGACUUUGAUUUUGAACUUAUGUAUAUACACCUUACAUUUACUCAUUGUAAACAAUCCCCAAACGUUAAAGCCGUUUUCUCAAAAUCGCCCAUUUUACCCUUUGAGAAAGGAUAUCUCUGGAACGAUUUAACCAAUUGACAUGAAAUUUUCAGGAUUCAUGUAUUUUACCAUUUUCUUGGGGAUGAACAGAGGAUUUUUAAAUAUAUAUUUUCUAACAUGAAUUAUUGCAUAAACAUGUUAAGCAAAUUUGUAUGGUAUAUUUAAAACCUCGUAAUCCACUUAGUUUUCAAAAUUUUCAAACAUCCUCUGUUCAUCCCCAAGAGAAUGGCAAGAUACAUAUAUCCUGAAAAUUUCAUGUCAAUUGGUUAAAUCAUUCCAGAGAUAUCUUUACUCAAGCUCAGUCUAUCGCGAAACAGCAUGUUGCCACUUUAUCUGCCUGGUUGCCAAUAGCAAUGCAGUUUUGGUGUCCAAAAAUAUAUUUUUUUGAAUCUUGAGUUCAUUAGCUAUCUGAUGAUAUAUAGUUUGCCAUAUAUAGGUUUAUUGUAAAGUGUCCAGUGUGCAGCCUUUGUUCUGUGAGCCUUAGUUUUGGGUUGACCCUCCCCCUUAAUGUUUUUGUGCAUGUAUAGUAAUUUGUCUUUUUUGUUGGGACCCCGUUAUUGGAGUUUAUCUCUGUGGUCAGUCCCAGUCAAUGCACUAAUAGAUAUUUGAAUAAGUUUAAUAUUUGUUUGGUGCGGCAAAUCUUGUAAAAUAAAAUAAAAUAAAGUACACAGCGAUCUUUAAGCCUUCAUAGGUUUGAGCAGAGAUAAACAUUCUCUGCCUUUCAUGUGAAAAAAAAAAAAAUUUCCUUCACAGGUGAGUGUACCUUCUUUCCAGUUGUUGAG